CGGGGGCGGGGACGGGGACGGGAAACGGCUAAAUCUAAAAUUUAUGGAUACGGGUACGGCAUGGGUACGUCUAUAUAUAUAUAUAUAUAUAUAAAUAAAUAUGUAUAUAUAAAUAUUAAAACCAAAGCAUAAAUCUCAUAUAAAAUAAAACACCAUAAUAAUAUCUUAAAUAAAAUAAAACAUCACUAUAAUAUCUUGUAUAUAGAUCAAACAGAAACAAUACACAUACGUAGCAUGAAACAAAAAAAAAAACAGAGUUUUGUUUUCCUGCACCGCACGUAUACUUUUACUACAAGCUAAAAUCACAGAUACGUACGUGGUGAAACAAACCAUAGCAAACCAAUACUAUCUAAUACUAUCUACUUUUACGUGAGAAUUGACAAACCAAAAAACAGGAUUUGUAAUCAUACUUAAUGUGUUUCCUUUGACGUGAAUCAAUUGAGAGAAAGAAGAUGAAGUGAAUAACUGAAUAAGAAGUUGUUUAAGUUUAAGAGAUGAUGAUAAACUUUGUAACCCUAAUUGUUUAUAUAAGUACGUGUUUCCUUUUUUCAAUUGUUUUACAAAACUAAAAAACAUCAAAAAAAGGUAAAUAAUCAAUUUUUUACAAAACUAUACGGACUUUACAUAAGAAACGUUUAGGAAACGUCCCCGGAACCUAACCAAGCCGUCCCCAAAAAUCUCUGCCGUCCCCACCUCUUCUGAAACGUUUUGGAAACGUCCCCACGCCGUCCCCGCGCCGUCCCCGUCCCGGAAACGCAGCUGGUACGGGAGACGUCAAGCAUAUGCCGUCCCGGUGCUUCAUAGAUUGCAGUUUUGAAACAUGUGAAGAUCUCGGGGGACCAGACUGUAAAACUCAACCCGCCUCAGUGAUUCUCUCCCCGAGUGAAACAGAUCGCUCUAAACACAAAACAUGGAAGAACCAAUUGGUAGACGAAGAGGAGGAAGAAUCUUGUCCCAUUUGCUUUGAAGAUUAUGAAGCUGAUAAUCCAAAAAUAAAGACAAAUUGUGAGCACGAUUUUCAUCUCUCUUGUAUUCUGGAGUGGAUGGAAAAAAGCGAUGGUUGCCCUAUAUGUGAUAAGGUGUGUUUCCUCCUUCCUUCUAGUUGAAUUUUCUAAUUUGCAAAUAGUCUGAUUCCUAAACGAGUGUUGUCACUAUGUGAUGGUCGUAGAAUGCAUUUUACUACUACUCCUUACCAAUUUGAUACCUAUUGUUAUCAAAAGGGAAUAGAAUAGGGAUUGAUAGUUAUAUACUUGGAUUUGAUCUGGCAAUUGUGGAUGCUAAGAUGCAUACUUCUUGUCGACAAACUAACUUUCCAAUUCUUUUUUUUUUGUCCAAAUAACUCAGGAGGUUGUGUUUGAUGAUUGCUUGAACUAGCAUCAAAAUAUCCUCUGGUUUGGAAAUUUUAAGCGGUACACUAUCCAGUUAGUCUUCAGCAUAAUUUGCAUACAUCUUUUUUGGGUGUUAUUCAUUACACGCAAAGUGUUGUCAAUUGGGUUAUGUUCCCGAAUUGGUGCAGUCAUAUAGAAAUUAUACAUACAAGUGUAAAUAUCAUCAGCGUCUUCCUCUUUGAUCUUUGGUGGGUGAUAUAAAAGAAAAGAGCAUUACAGUGUGUGAAUUUUUCCAACAAAAUCAAGUUCUCAUCAUGUUUUCAGUCUUGAUCCAUGAUUGUAUGAUCUAUAAUAUGAAUUGUUAUUAUGGGAAUCAAAAUGACUUCAUGUGUUAUACUUAUAAUAUUUCAAAUUAAAGCGGAGAACACCUUUUAAAGUUAUCAUCAUUUCCACCGUCUAUUUGUUUCUAUUUUUUUUGUUCAUAAUGAACAGGCAUGGUUUUGCUCAAGAGUACAAUUUUUUCCUCAUGAUACAAAAAUAGCAAGUGGAUUUUUUUCGGGUUGGAUAAAGAGAAGAGAUUCUAUUUGAUGCGGGAUAAUAGUAACUCCAUGAUGUAAAAGAAGAAUUAAAAAGAAAAUUGAAUAUUCUAAAAUCCAAUAUGAUCCACAUGAUCCUAUUCCUAGUCUUGUCGUGUGUACGUUUUGACCCCUCCUUGUCUGCAUUAAUGUAUAAAUUAAUUGAGAUUAGGAAAUAAUUUUUAAAAAUUAGGAAGAAGAGAAAAGGAGGUAAGACUCUAACUGGUCCGCGGGUUUGACUUGUAAGCCACUUAUGUCUGCCACCUCCUCCUUUAUCCUUAAUUCCUCUUGUGCCCCCCUCCUAAUUUGAAUAAACAUAUCCCAUCCCUUAAAAGAGACCCAAAGCUUUGGCUAUUCAACUCGUAACAAUAUAAUAUUAAGCUAUAAGAAUUUCAGGUUAGCAGCCGUAUUUUUUCAUUAAUUUUCUAAAUUCGAUGCACAUCAAAGCUUAAGUAGUAAUAGUAGUACAGUGCAUUUUUGAAAAGCAAAAGGGAGAUUUUUAGUGCGUGACGGUGGCUUUUAGGAUGAUAGGGGGGGUAAUACAGGGAGUUACAAAAAAAAAGGUAAUACAGGGAGUUACAAAAAAAGGGGGGGGGGGGUAAUAUAGGAAACAUGACACUGGGAAUGAAAGUUCCAAAAGCAUUAUUACAGUGAUUUGAGCAAGACCACAUGUGUCCAUGAACUCGCAGCUUUUACAGAUUUUUUAUCUAUCUUCCACAAAAUUCUCUCGUAACGGAGAGAAAGAUUAAAAAAAAGAGAGAGCUCGUUUUCUUUUUUGGAGCUUUCCCUUUUGUCUAUCUAUCAAGCUCACCACCGAGGAGAAAAUAUCUUCUUCCAUUAGCCUCUCUCAGAGUAAGCAAAAAAAAAAAAAGACCCAAAAUCCAAAUGCCAUGUACACAUCUUCUUCCUCUUCUUGUCCUCCUCCUGUUUCUUUUCCCACUCUCUGCUUGUGCAAAGAACAACAAAGCCCUCACCAUCAUCAAAGGGAACCAGACUAUUCUGAGUCUCCAAAGCAUUUUCCGGCUUGGCUUCUUCAUCCCCUCCACCAAUGGCAAUUGGUAUCUUGGUAUCUGGUAUGCUUCCUCACCCAAACCCGUUUACGUUUGGGUCGCCAAUCGCAACCGCCCCGUUUCCGAUCCAGACUCCUCCACACUCGAGCUCACCUCCACCGGCUACCUAAUCCUCAACAACUCCCGCGACGGCGUCGUUUGGCAAACCGACAACAAACAUCCCGCCACCGGUUUCCGCUUCUCCGACUCCGGUAAUCUGAUUCUAACCGGAGAAGACGGUUCUCCGGUUUGGCAGAGCUUUCAGAACCCAACCGACACGUGGCUCCCGGGCAUGAACGUCACGGGGCAAACCGCUUUCACCUCGUGGCGGACCCCCUCGGACCCUUCCCCUGGGCUUUACUCGCUGAGGCUGAGCCCGAGCUUCAACGAGUUCCAACUUCUCCACAACGAAACGACGCCGUACUGGUCAACAGGAAACUGGACGGGAGAAUCCUUCGUAGGCGUACCGGAGAUGACCGUUCCUUAUAUCUACAGCUUCCACUUCGACAACCCCUACACUCCCGCGGCGUCGUUUCGUUACAUCGUCACACCCACCUCCGACGCCCCAGGCCAGCCGCGCCUCUCCCGGUUCGUGGUUGACUCCAACGGCCAGCUCAAGCAGUGGACGUUGGAGAUGCAGAACUGGAUCAUGUUCUGGUUCCAGCCUGACGAUCAGUGCCGCGUUCACGCUCUCUGCGGCCGGUUAGGGUUCUGCAGCAGCAAGCUUCUCACCCCCUGUGCCUGCAUCCGCGGUUUCCGCCCCAAGAACGCCGCCGCGUGGGAAUCUAUGGACUACAGCGACGGAUGCAGCCGUGAAUACGGCGACUCCUGCGACGGGGGAGACACGUUUGAGGAUGUUGGAGAUCUUCGGUACGACGGCGUUGUGCAGAUGUCGCGGUUACAGCAGGUAAGCAAGAGCUCUUGCGAGAAGAGCUGCUUGGGGAACUGUUCCUGCGUUGGGUUUUAUCACAACGACAAGUCGAGUCUCUGCAAAAUGUUACUCGAACCGCCGAUGAAUAUCAAGAACUCGAGCUCCUGGACUGGAGCCACCGACGAUGUUCUGUAUAUAAGAGAUCAGAUUAAAAAGAGCUCAAAGAGAAGCGUUUCUAGAUCCAUUAUUAUACUCUGCUGCGUCGUCGGCUCAGUCUCGGUUCUCGGGUCUACUUUAUUUGUGCUAUUGAUUCUCUUGAGGAAGAGCAAGAAGACAAAGAAAGAAGAGGAAGAUGGUUUUGCUGUGUUGAAUCUGAAGGUCUUUUCUUUCAAGGAGCUUCAUAAAGCUACCAACGGGUUCUCGGAGAAGCUCGGACACGGCGGUUUCGGCGCUGUUUUCAAAGGUACGUUACAUGAUUCUUCCACUUACGUGGCUGUGAAACGCUUAGAAAGACCAGGAAGCGGCGAGGGAGAGUUCCGGGCAGAGGUGUGCACCAUUGGGAACAUUCAGCACGUUAACCUCGUUAGGCUUCGAGGUUUCUGCUCAGAGAAUCUUCAUAGGCUUCUCGUCUAUGACUACAUGCCAAACGGAUCGUUGAGCUCCUACUUGUCAAGAAGUAGUCCCAAGUUGCUAAGCUGGGAAACGCGUUUCAGGAUAGCCGUAGGGACUGCGAAAGGGAUUGCCUAUCUGCACGAAGGGUGUAGGGAUUGUAUCAUUCACUGCGAUAUCAAGCCGGAGAACAUUCUCUUGGACAGUGAUUACAACGCUAAAGUAUCUGACUUCGGACUGGCCAAGCUUGUUGGGCGUGACUUCAGCAGGGUUCUUGCCACUAUGAGAGGUACAUGGGGAUACGUUGCUCCCGAGUGGAUAUCAGGUUUACCCAUCACGACUAAAGCUGAUGUGUAUAGCUUCGGAAUGACACUGUUGGAGCUUAUCGGUGGUCGAAGAAAUGUAGUUAGCGAUACACCAGGAGGAGAGAAAGAUGAGAAAGAACCCGAGAAAUGGUUCUUUCCUCCAUGGGCAGCGCGUGAAAUCAUACAAGGAAAUGUGGACUUGGUUGUGGACGCUAGACUCAACGGAGAAUACAACAAUGAUGAGGCGACGAGGAUGGCCACGGUGGCGAUAUGGUGCAUACAAGACAAUGAAGAGAUAAGGCCGGCAAUGGGAACGGUGGUGAAGAUGCUUGAAGGAGUUGUGGAGGUGACAGUUCCUCCUCCACCUAAGUUGAUACAAGCUCUAGUCUCCGGCGACUCAUAUAAUGGAGUGGGCAAUGGUUUGAGCGGCACAAGCUGUAGUGAAGGCAGGGGUUGUUCUGAUCUCAUGACUGGAUUGUCUAGCCCUGGCUCACGGUCGUCUUUCGGUGGUAAACCUCCCUCUUCUCCCUGAUCAGUUUGUAGAUGGUUUUGUUAGAAAACGGUCUUAAAUGUGUGUGUGUGCUUUUUUUGUUUGCUCUCUAAGAGGGUUUAAUUAGUAGUAUAAUCUCUAGUUGUUGGUAGUGUGGAGAAUGAUGCCUUGAUUUGUCAUUUGCUAUUAAUCAAAAGGAAAAGGAUGAGAUUUAGUCAA